AUCGUCAAUAUCCCCAGUGGAGCUUCCCUCACGAGAUGUGAAAUCGAUACGCUUUAUAGCUCUUAGAGCUUCGAACCCACGCAAACCUGCUGUCGUAUUGUGUUUUAUAUCGGCUAGAGAGUAAACGGAAACACAUCCACGCACGCUGGACAUUUUUCGUGUCCUGUUUGGAGGGACACACGACGGAAAUUCCGUUCACUCCGUCACUGACAGCAUUUUCACCUUGUUCUCUCAGUACGAAACACUGACUUUUAUGGAACGGGAAUUAACAGCUUCGCACAGCACUAAGGUUAUUUGAUGACUACAUAGUAUAAAACCACGGAGACCGAGAAAGAUUUUUGUGUUUUUAAAGCUUCUGGCAAGAAAGUUCGCGCGGUCCUGAGCAGCUCAACUGAAAGAUGCGCGCGGAUUUAUACUAUUAUGAGGUGCGGUGUACAGAACCAGGCUUUUAAAGCUUUACUGUGUUACUGUCAGUAAUUUUACCUGCUUUUUAUCAGGUUGUUCUUUGUUUCAGUGCUCGUGUCCAUCCUUAGAAAUCAGAGGUGUUGCUGUUUACCGAGUUUACCGGUGCUUCACGGACUUCUGCGAUGCGAGAGUCGGAUUCAAACCGUUUGACAUUUCUUUGGAAAGCCAGUCGACUGUCAAAUUGGCAUUGAAUCAAAUCGAAUGAGCCGGCACCUGGAUUGCUCAGUCGCAAGCUCACGUCCUAUUGAACACAUUAGCACCUGUCACAUCAGUUCAGCCAAGGUCAUCGCUCCUUCCCUUCAUUCUGCAUCCGGCUGUUAAACACAAAGUCCCGGUGCUCUGCUCUUCUACAAUGGAGAGCCUAAGUGAGCUUCAGAACCCUCUUCUGGAUAAGGACAGCAAGCAUAUGGUGAUGGUUGACUAUGGCUAUGGGGGAGACUUCCACAGCAACCAGUAUCAGGAGAACAUUAUAAACUACUUUGUGACUGGUGGAAGUGGAGGAGGUGGUGGUGGCGGAGUUGCAGUUACGGGAGGAAACGACAAUGCUAGAGGCCAGCUACUGGAUGCCACCUCGCUUCACUUGGCGGUGGAGGCCUUUUACAAGCCUAACUUCAUCCUAUACAAGGACGAUGUGAGUGGCAAGGGCAAGGAUUAUAAAAACGAGUGCUGUGAGACCACCUUCAUGGAGAAAAAGGACGUAGAGGUAGAGACCCCCAGUACGGAGGACCCACAGGCUAAACUGCUGGAUGAAAACGAGGUGAAAAUCCAGACAGUGUCUUACGAGGUAGAGGAAGAGGAAUACGUGGAAUACGAGACAGAUUGCUCCAGCGACAGUGAGAGUGAGGACAACUUCAUUGCCAUCCCUCCUCGUGAUCACCUGGGCCUCGCUAUCUUCUCUAUGCUCUGUUGCUUCUGGCCUCUGGGCAUUGCUGCUUUCUACUUUUCUCAGGGGACCAGCAAAGCCGUGACCAAGGGAGACUUCCCAUUGGCUAGCAUCGCAUCUAGACGAGCCUUGUUCCUAGCCGCUCUGUCCAUCACCAUUGGGACGGGGGUCUACGUGGGUGUGGUGGUGGCCCUCAUCGCAUAUCUGUCCAAACCAGGCCACAUUUAGCACAGCCAGGAGAGGGCUACAGGACUCCACGAUACUAAACAACCCGCUCUGAACAUAUUUUUCUAAAUGUCUCAUAUCUUAUCCCUCCCCGUGGACUGGCUGUCUGCCCAAAUCAGAGAAAAGGGAUGAACCAAAAGAAUAAAAUAUAAAUGUAAGCUUGUCACACCACACUGCAUAAAACUUAACUUAGUCUGAGAGCAGUUCAGGUGAAGAAUAUAAACUACCGACAAAUAAGCAAUCCAAUUAACCAAACCCAAGGGAAUCUAUUCCAGAGGACACAUUUAAGGAUCAAAAGGGACUAAGUGCCCUUGGAUUUGUUUUUCCCUUUCCAACUGUAUUUCGUUCCAAACCUGAAAGAGAAUUGAAGCCGUUCUCAGUUUCUCUCACAUUACUUACUAACUCCGUUAAACCCUGUAUAUGUGUGUGGCCCAAUUAAACCAGCACUGCUGAAUAUACCAACUGCAUUUUAUGAGCUCCAUUAAAAAGGACAGAAUAUUGUCCAAAAUAAAACAGCUUUCUAUGUUGUAAGUGAAUGUGGAGUUCAAGCACAAACUUAAAUGCUUAUGAUCAUGGCACAGAACUACAGGACAAGAAAUAACUAUCAAAGACAACUUGGUCCACCUCUGUGAAUUGAAACUCAUCUGUGACAUUCAACAUCACUUAUACACAACCUUUCAUUCCCACUUGUUAAGGGCUCUAUGCUUUGUGUGUAAAUUGUGUCUUUUGUUUUGUCCAAAACUUCAUUUUGACCCAAGA